AUGUUUCGUAACCUCUCAAAGAUUUUAGAACCAGUGCGAAAUCACCUGUUUUUUCGUGCUUCGGCUGGGAGCAAUAACACCGGCAGUGCUAGCAAUGGCACAGCAUUUGAACGCAACAGUGUGACGAAGGAACAACAGCUCUCCGACGUAUUGAAGCGCUCACUGCCUGGUAUUACUUACCUAAGUGUGCAAGACAUCUCAGGUGGUUGUGGCGCUAUGUAUGAGAUUAGUGUAGAAGCUAAGGAAUUCACUGGCCUGACCCGUGUGAAACAACAUCGGCUAGUAACAGAAUCUUUGAAAACUGAGAUAGCAGAAAUGCAUGGCAUCCGCAUCCAUACUGCGCCUUCACAAGAGAAUUAA